AUGGACGGUUUUCAAUUCAUUAUCGAGUCCCCCCAGGAGACACAAGGUCACAAGAAACGCCCGCGUCUUGUGACUUCUUGCGAUAACUGCCGCCUCAAAAAAAUAAAGUGUCUCCAAUCAUCCCCCGAGACACAAUGCGAGGCAUGCAAGGCAGCAAAAAUUCCAUGCAAGUUUCGUGAUCGCGAACGAUAUUUUGCUGAGCGCAGUCGAGCUAUUGCGGGCCCCAGUUCGGCGCCACCCUACACUGGAUCAUCGAAUAGAGCACCCACCGUCGUCCCAGAGUCUUCGGAGCGUUCCAAUUCGGGUGGCUCAAACGAAUACGCCACCGCGCCAUCCACACCGUACUCGCCACCAUCCCAAGGCUAUGCCAACUCCACCAUGUCCCGUUCUCCGUCCUACUCGCCACCAGGGACAGCAUCCACCGACCAUGCCCGCUAUCAAUCCUAUCCAGAUCAUUCCAGGCUUUCCACAACUCAUAGACAUACCGCUUCUGCCGAAGAUCACGGUCGUCGAUACGGAACUCCCGGUCCAGGUCAGGCAUUGGGUCGUCCUCAUCUCACAUCGGGCAGUUACCGGCCAACUCAAGUCUUCGACCCAAUGCACCCUCAAAUGCCACAACGCAGCUGGAUGCCCCAUUUCAUCCAGAUAUUCAUCAGUCAGCUUGGCAGCCAAUGCGCAUUCAUGACUUACGACGACCUAUAUGAAAAGUUCCGACAUCAGACUCUAUCCCCAUUACUCUCCAACUGUAUUGCAGCUCUAGGCGCAAGGUUCUCUGACAUACCGGAUGUUGUCGCGCGUGGUCCGCACAACGUUGCAGAUAUUUUCUGUGAGAACGCCAAGGAGAUGCUGUCCGCGGCGCUUAAUCAACCGUCCCUCGACGUUCUUCACGCUGUCAUCACCCUGGCAUGGACAGAAUACAAAACUGGCCGUCUUCUUGGAUUCCGACAAUACGGUGAUCUUGCCAUGAGAACCGCAAUGGCUAUAGGAUUGUCUGAAGAAUCUACCAGGCAGAUGAGCCCUUACGACAGCUACCAAAAUCGUCUUCGUCUGACAUGGCAAAGUGUCUCCCAACUGUACGCCUCAUCAGCAUUGUCGGGAUAA